AUGUUCUUCGUCCGUUCUUUAACCGUUGUGUUCACCGCCGCCUUGUUUCUGUCUACGCAAGCCUGGAAGAAUGAAGAUGAAGUGGUGACCGUGACCAAGACCAACACCCACUAUGUGUGCCCGUGCAUCACAGAUACACCGUUGACGCCCAGCCCCGACUCACACGAAUGGACCGAAUGGGAAGGUGAUCACAGUGCAUCCGGCUCCGGCUGGGUCACCUCUCCUACAGGCAAAGAUACCAAGACCCCGAAGGGCCCGACCGGCUCUGGCACCACUUCCCCCACGCCAGGAGACCAUCAUCACACAUGGCCCACGUCCAAGCCCGGCUCCGUGCCGACCUCGAGCGGAACAUGGACGACCACCAAGCGGUCUCGGCGUCCUACAAGCGGUACCUCUUCGAGCACGAGUUCUAAGACCAAGAGCACGACUCAGCUCGACCAAGACGACUUCCAGUGUUUCAACAACUACGACCAAGUCGACUAG